AUGAAGAGCAGCAUAUUCUUUAAGCUUCUGUUAUUGGUUUCUCUUUUAGUCGUUAUCUUCAGACAAAGCUAUGCAGUCGCCGAUUAUUGUAAUAGAGAUGCUGACUGUAAGCGGGUAUGCUUAAGACCGUACGCAUGCAACUUAACCCGUCACCUUUGUAUGUGUCAUCCAAAUGAUGUCAGUUCUUCUAAACAACAUUGUAUUCCAGAACAUAAAGGUUUUGGAGAAGGAGGACCUCCACCACAACGAUUGAAAUUAUAUCGAUAA